UUUUUAAACGAACCAAAAUAAACUGGUGAUUAAGACCCUGCACGCAUAACAUGAAUAUUAAAAUACGAGUUAGCUUAUUCACGCGGACCGUUGGAUCAGUAACCUCGGCGAGCCCAAAGCGGCAACAUGAUACUCACUAUCUUAUACUUAUUGUUGGCAACAGUAUUCGUUUUAUUCCUCGCUUUGAUUCUGCUCAUAUUAUUGCCGGCGAUAUACAUAAAAGUUAAAUUAGAGCCCGUGAAAGGAGUAUGUAAAUCUGACGUGAGACUAGAUGGGAAGGUCGCGCUGGUGACUGGCGGGAACCAAGGCAUCGGGUUAGAGACCGCCCGCGAGCUAGCUGCGCGCGGCGCCGCCGUCGUCAUCGCGUGUCGGGACAAGGACAGGAGUGCACAAGCCAUCGCCGACAUCACAGCCUCCACAGGGAACCACAACGUCGUGUACAAACACUUAGACCUCGCCAGAUUCAGCAGUGUCAGACAAUUCGCUGAAGACUUCAACAGCACUUACGAUCGCCUCGAUAUUUUAGUCAACAACGCUGGCUGUGCCGGCCUGAAAUGCAAACUGACUGGAGAUGGCGUCGACGUGGUGAUGCAAGUCAACUACUUUGGACCGUUCCUACUGACGAACCUGCUGUUAGACAAACUGAAAGCUUCUCAACCUAGCAGGAUCAUUAUAGUGUCAUCUUGUCUCCAUCAUUUUGGAAAAAUCCGCAUCAGUGAUAUGCAUUUGCCCCUUGAGCAAGGAAUCAAAAACCAGAUGCUAAUGUACUCGAGGAGUAAGUUGUGUGAUGCGCUGUGGACGAAAGCGUUAGCCAAGAGACUACCUGCAGGUGUGACUGUCAACUCCUUACACCCUGGUUUUGUUAGAACUGAUAUAUUUAAGAGGCUUCCACCGUCGGCGAAGAAGGUAUUAGAUCUAGUGAUAGAUAUGUUUUCGUUUAAGACGCCUAAAGAGGGCGCUCAGACGACGCUGCACUGCUGUCUCGCUGAGGAGCUGGAGAACGUGACGGGGAAGUACUUCAUGGAGUGCGCAGAAGCAGGAUACAGCAGCCUCGCUGAUGACGACGACCUGGUCGAAGAUGUGUGGGUCAAAAGUCUGAAGAUAACUAGUUAAAUAAUAACCUUUGAAUUGGUUGCGGUUAGAAACCGGUCAGUCAAUGAUAUUGCGCAUUUUAUCGAGCAGUUAAUAAACUUUUAAAUGAAAAAGUUCGAAGGUCAAAUGCAUGUACAUUGUGUAAGUAGGUACUACAUAUAAACAUAUAUUAUAGUUAAUUCAAACAA